AUGCUCCCACUCCGUGCCAUAGCUAGGCGCAUCCUCUCACCAUCCUUCCGAGCUUCCCGCUGUUCCUCCUCGAUCUCAAGUUUCCCUCGGACGAUAUCCUCUCUCCUACAUACCCCUCUCUCCGAUGAAAAAGCGAGUGAGACUGUCACCAUUACUGGUUGGGUCCGUUCGGUCCGGCGAAUGAAGAAUGUUUCGUUCGCUCAUGUCUCAGAUGGCUCGACAAUACAUCCGCUGCAGGCUGUGUUGACGAAAGAGCAAUCGGAGAAUUUGUCCAUGGGAGCUAGUGUUAAGAUAACGGGGGAGUGGAAGGAGUCUGUUAGGGGGAAAGGGCAGCAGAGCCGGGAGCUGUUGGCGGAGAAGGUGGAGGUUUUUGGGGAGGCGGAUCCUCUGGUAUCGUUUCCCUUCUUAUUCUCUUUGAAUUUCUCAUAAUUUUUAAAACCUAAUGUCUCUUUUGUUUCCUUUCUGCGGAUUGGUGAAAGACGUAUCCUCUUCAAAAAAAGUAUCAGACUCCGGAGUUCUUGAGAACGCUGUUACAUCUCCGAUCAAGAAUACCGGCGAAUACGAACUUACUACACUUGAGAUCUGGUCUGAUCUCGACACUAACGGCCUUUUUCGCGGAAAACUCAUUCAUCCAAUGCCACACACCAGUAAUUACUUCCUCAGACUGCGAAGGUGGUGGAGAAGUCUUCACAAUCACUCGUCCGAAGGACUUCUUCAAGACACCCAAGUACCUCACCGUCUCUGGCCAAUUACACCUUGAAACGCUCGUAGCGGCGGUCCCUAGGGUGUGGGCUUUGGGCCCGACCUUCCGCGCGGACAAGAGUGACACAGCUAGACACCUUAGCGAGUUCUACAUGCUGGAAGUCGAAAUCGCGUUCAUCGACACUUUAGACCCGUUGAUAGCGCUAAUAGAGGACAUGGUAAAGACGCUUAUUCGAAGCAUUAGCACUUCUCGUCUGGGUAGGGAAACUUUAUCUGCAGCAGGCGGUGGAGAUAAAGCGAAAGAACUCGAGGAGCGCUGGAGGGGUUUACUAGAACGUUCUUGGUCUAGGAUAACCUACACUGAGGCGAUAUCAAGACUGGGCUCGGCGGUAGAGCAGGGUGACGUACAGUUUGUUUCCCCCCCAGUCUGGGGUGCGGCAUUACAAGCCGAGCACGAGCGCUUUCUUGCACAGACUGUAUUCAAUGGUCCAGUUUUCGUGACGGAUUACCCGAAGGGCCUGAAACCUUUCUAUAUGCUCCCCUCUGUUAGUACUCCCCCCGCACCGGAGGGAGGCGAAACGGUAGCUUGCUUUGAUCUACUCGUCCCGACUGUUGGUGAACUUGUUGGAGGUUCACUAAGGGAGCACCGAUACGACGAGCUGCUGGCGGAGAUGCGGAGACAGGGCAUAACGGUACGGGACGAGGACGAGGAAGCAGAGAGCUUAAGAUGGUAUUUGGAACUUCGAAAGUGGGGGAGUGUUAAGCAUGGUGGGUUCGGAUUGGGGUUUGACCGGUUAGUGUGCUAUUUGGCUGGUGUGGAGAAUAUUCGGGAAGCUGUGGCUUUCCCAAGGUGGUAUGGUAGAUGUGAUUGUUAGUCAGGGAGAAGUUUGUGCGAUAAGGGAGGAAGGAGGGCAAGCACGGUCGGAUGCUGGGUACUGUCUUAGAGUGCUGCAUCGUCGCUUGAGUGUGGAUAUACGAAAGUAUAAUCGCACGCUCUGAAUGCUUUGAUAUCCCUACACUAGAAUUUAGUGACUCUAGGUGCCGCACUUAAUAGAAACAUGUGGAGUUGCGAGUCCUCUG